UUUUUUCCCUUUAAAUUUUAAAUUAAUGCUUUAAAUUAGAUUUCCAUAGUGCUCAAAAAAUAAAUUCACAUCUCUGCUAAAUUUCUCUUUCUCCUCCAUUUACACUCUUUUGAGUGAGCUGGCAAAAAAAAAUUAUAAAAAUACACGAAUUCCGAGAAAAUCAGGAUUGAUCAAGCCCAGUUUCUUACUGUUGUUAAAAUCUUGGAAUCCGUGAUUUUUUUUGGAGUUAUUCAUUUACUUGGGUGCCACGUGUAACAAUCCAGGUAAAUAGAAAAUAUUUAAAUCCCAGAAAAUCCCAUAAAAAUUAUGGCAGGAAGACAUGGUAGGAAAUAUGUGAAAGAUGAAGAGUUUGAAGAAGAAGAAGUGUGGGGAGUUAUGGAAGAAAAUUCAAGCCCAAAACUCAGAAAAUUACCCUUGAAAUCUUCUUCUGCAACAAAACAUUUUACUGCUGUUACUGGUGGUAAUAAUUCUGCUGCAAGAAUGAUACCAAGAUCAUCAACAUCAUCAUCAUCAUUAUUAUCAUCACCAUCAUCAUGUGGAAAGCAGUCAUCAGCACCAAUGGAUAUUCCUGAUUGGUCAAAAAUCUAUGGUAAGAAGAAUAAUGGUGCAUCAUCAUGGGUUGAUUAUAAUAAUGCUGUUGUUACUACUCAUGAUGUGUAUUAUGGUCAUGGGUGUCAUGGUCAUGUGAAUCAUGGUGAUGGGAGUGAUGAGGAUGAGGAUGGGGAUAAGGAUGAUGAUGAUGAUGAUAACAUGGUUCCACCACAUGAGUACUUAGCAAAGAGGUUAGCAAGAAGUAAGAUCUCAUCUUUCUCUGUUUAUGAAGGGAUUGGAAGGACUCUCAAAGGGAGAGACCUUUGUAAAGUAAGAAAUUCCAUUUUGACUAAAACUGGUUUUCUAGAGUGAAAUCUUUAGUUAGUUAAUUAAUUAAUUAAUUAAAUUUAUGGGUUAAUUAAUUAGUACUAGUAAUUUUGUUUUAGUUAUUAUGAUACUUUUUGUAUAAUUGGGGAUGAUGAAAUCAACAUCAGCAUGGUCAUCAAUCAUCAUGAACAUGGUUGUCUGUCUCUUUGUUACAAGAGGUCCCAUGUAAGAAAGUCAUUUUCAUCCUUUUAUUUUUAAUUUUUAAUUUUUAGUUAAUUACUUAAUUAAUUAGCUUAAUUAAGGGGGUUUAGAUAAUGUAAUGAUGAUGUAAUGGUUUGGUGAGUUGAUCAGAGGAACUGCCUAGUUUUGUGAAGUUGUUUUUGGCAGUCCCUCUGAAAUUUUGUUAGGAAGAAGUUUACUGCUUAAUUAUUAUUUAUUAAUAUUAAUGAGAUACAUUUUAA